AUUUCACUUAAUAUGUAGUCUUAUAAACUACUUCGGUAAUGCAUUGUUAUUAAAUAGUAAUCAAUCACAGUAGUACACAUAUAUGUAGGUACCUACUUACGUAUAUAUAAUAUAUAUACAAAACUGAUCAAUGGUGGCAAAGAUACGUACUACGCAUAAAAUUCGCUAAUACUUCCGGUUCCGGUAGACGCUAUACGAACAAAAAAAUUGUUUGUAGGUUGAGUUUGUAUGUAGGUUAUAUUAAUUUUAUUAAACAAAUAAAGAUACUUGUAGCAUUUUAAUCGAAUUAUUAAAGUCUUAAAAUGGGCGAUAUAAAGUCUUUUUUUCAUCAAUGGUGUGCAAAACAUGGCAGAGAACCACAAUUUGAUGUGAGACCAACAGGUCCUAAACAUCGACAACGAUUUCUAUGUGAACUACGUGUAUCUGGAUUUGAUUAUGUGGGUGCAGGAAAUUCAACUAACAAAAAAGAUUCUCAAGGCAAUGCAGCUAGAGAUUAUGUUAAUUAUUUAGUCCGUACCGGACAUGUGAAUGCGAAUGAUGUUCCAAAAGAUGCAGGCACUAUUCAACCACGAGACACUGGGCCUGUUGAUUCAGAAUCUUAUGGCCCAUCGAAAUCUGUAUUUCAAGAUGGAAUGGGACCUAAUGAUAUUGGUCAAGCAUAUAGAGCUUACAAUGAACACGGUCAAGGGAAUUAUACUUACAUGGAUAGAAUAGCAGAUCAAAAAAGAGUUGAAGAUGCAGAAGAUGUUGACGUAAAUUCUGGAAUACAUGGAAAUUGGACUAUAGAAAAUGCUAAAUCAAAGCUUCAUCAAUUUAUGCAAUCUAAUAAAAUCAAUGCUGAUUACAAGUAUACCCCACUUGGCCCAGAUCAUACGAGGAGUUUUAUGGCUGAAAUGACAUUUUACGUAAAACAACUUGGGAGAAAUGUUACUGGUCGUGAAACUGGUUCAAAUAAGCAAACAGCUUCGAAAAGUUGUGCUUUAUCUCUUGUAAGACAAUUAUAUCACCUUGGUGUUAUUGAAGCGUUUAGUGGUACUCUAAAAAAAAAUAAAGAUGCAGAGCAAAUCAAACCAUAUCCAGUUAAAAUUUCACCAGAGUUGGAAAAUCAGAUUCAUGAUGUUUUAUCGAGUUUAAACGUAAAACCUGUUUCGAUAGAAUUGAAUCAGGUACCAUUCAUAAAACAAGAAGAUGGACAAUCUGCACCUGCUGUAUCUUUAUUAACUAAUCAAGUAUUGGAUGAUUUUAUUUCAUCUGUACCUCAACCUGCUGGUGUAGUAAGCUGGUCUCCACCACAACAAAAUUGGAAUCCUUGGACUGGUUGUAAUAUAGAUGAGGGACCAUUAGCCACAAUGACUUUAGAACAACUAUCAGAUGAUUUGCAGCACGAACAACGUGAAAAAAUACAGCAAGACGACAAUCUACAAAAGAGUAUUAAAGAAAGAUCUACAUUACCCGUUUUUUCGAUGAAAAACAAAAUAAUGACCUGUAUCAAUGAGAAUCCUAUAAUCAUCAUUAGAGGUAAUACAGGAUGUGGUAAAACGACACAAGUAUGCCAAUUUAUUUUGGAUGAUUAUAUCGCAUCAGGUCAAGGUGCAUUUUGUAGUAUUGCGAUUACACAACCUAGAAGAAUAUCUGCCGUAUCUGUAGCCGAUCGUGUUGCUAUAGAAAGAUGUGAAAGUUUGGGCCAGUCCAUUGGAUAUUCCGUACGAUUUGAAUCUUGCUUGCCAAGACCUUAUGGUAGUAUAAUGUUUUGCACUGUGGGUGUACUUUUGAGGAAGUUAGAAGGUGGUUUGAGGGGUGUAUCGCACGUUAUAGUUGACGAAAUUCACGAACGCGAUGUUAAUUCCGAUUUCAUUAUGGUAGUUCUACGUGAUAUGAUACACAUGUAUCCAGAUUUAAGAAUUAUUCUAAUGUCUGCUACGAUCGAUACAACAUUAUUUAGCAAUUAUUUCAAUAAUUGCCCGGUCAUAGAAAUACCAGGCAGAGCCUAUCCUGUACAACAGUAUUACCUAGAAGAUUGUAUACAAUUGACUAAUUUUGUACCGCCUAUGGAUACAAAGAAACGUAAAAAUCGAGAUUCGGAUGAAUUACCAACGGAUGGUGAACCUGAUGAAAAUUUGAAUAAAGUACUUAGUGCGGAGUAUAGUAUACAAACGAAGAAUGCCAUGGCACAGCUUAGUGAAAAAGAAAUAAGUUUUGAACUUAUAGAAGCUCUGCUAAGAUACAUUAAAGAUCAAGGUAUUCCUGGUGCUGUGUUGAUUUUCUUACCUGGUUGGAAUUUGAUAUUUGCAUUAAUGAAACAUUUACAACAACAUCCUAUUUACGGAGGAUCGAAUUAUGUAAUUAUACCAUUGCAUUCUCAGUUACCUAGGGAAGAUCAACGUAAAGUUUUUGACCCAGUGUCACCUGGAAUUACAAAAAUUAUUUUAGCUACGAACAUAGCUGAAACAUCGAUUACUAUCAAUGACGUGGUCUAUGUAAUAGAUUCCUGUAAAGCUAAAAUGAAGCUAUUUACUUCCCACAAUAAUAUGACAAAUUACGCUACAGUGUGGGCUAGUAAAACAAAUUUGGAACAGAGAAAAGGACGAGCGGGUCGUGUAAGAUCAGGAUUUUGCUUUCAUCUAUGUUCCAGAGCACGUUUCAAUAAAAUGGAUGAACACAUGACACCAGAAAUGUUCAGAACACCUUUACACGAGUUAGCGUUAAGUAUUAAGUUAUUGCGAUUAGGUAGCAUCGGGAAGUUUUUGUCGAAAGCCAUUGAACCACCACCGAUAGAUGCCGUAAUUGAAGCGGAGGUCAUAUUACGUGAAAUGAAAUGUUUAGACGAAAAUGAUGAAUUAACCCCACUUGGUAAAAUAUUGGCCCGUUUACCUAUAGAACCACGUUUAGGUAAAAUGAUGAUUCUGGGUUGCAUUUUCCGAGUCGGUGAUGCUUUGUCUACAAUGGCGGCGAAUAGUACAACAUUUCCAGAGGUAUAUAACAUGGGUCCUGAUACCAAACGGUUAACUACUCAACAGAAAUGGUUUGCUGGUGCAAGAUACAGUGAUCAUGUGGCGAUGUUACAUGCAUUCCAAGCUUGGGAAGAAGCUAGGACUGGUGGAGAAUAUGCAGAACAAGCGUUUUGCGAUUCUAAAAACUUGAGUAUGCCUACAUUGAGAGUUACAUGGGAAGCUAAAAACCAGUUACAAGCGCUUUUACAAAGUGCUGGUUUUCCGGAGGAAACUUUGUGCCCUACACCACUGAAUUAUCAAGCUGGCGCUGAUGUGCGUCUUGAUACAGUUACUGCUUUAUUAUGUAUGGGUCUUUAUCCAAAUGUUUGUUAUCAUAAAGAAAAAAGGAAAGUUCUUACUACCGAAUCUAAAGCAGCUUUAAUCCAUAAAACGUCAGUGAAUUGUAGCAAUUUUGAGCAAAACUUUCCAUUUCCAUUCUUUGUGUUUGGGGAGAAGAUUCGCACAAGAGCUGUUUCUUGCAAGCAAUUAACAAUGGUGUCUCCGAUUCACUUAUUAUUAUUCGGUUCUCGAAAAGUUGAAUACAUUGAUGGGGUAGUAAAACUAGACAACUGGAUUAAUUUAGACAUGAAUCCAAAUCAUGCAGCCGCAAUAGUGGCUUUGCGACCUGCAUUGGAAGGUCUUGUUGUGAAGGCUGCAAAAGAACCAGAAACUAUUUUGGAACUAACUCCUAAUGAAGAAAAAGUAUUAAGUUUAAUCAAGACAUUGUGUGGAAUGAAUGCUUGUCGUUAUGAACUGGAUCAGAUUACAGGUGGUGGUUUCCAAUCGCGAAGACCACCCAGAGGACAUUUAAGCGGUUUUUAUUCGGAUGGCAGUAGCGCUGCGAAAAUGAUGCGAGGAACUGGUGGUUUUCGUGGAUCUCCUCGCGGUGGUGGCUUUGGAAAUGGAAAUAAUGGCAACGGGGGAGGUUUCUCAAGAAAUAAUAAUUACGGUGGUUUCCGAAGUGGUGCGAACAGAGGCUACGGAAGUUACAAUUCACGAGGAAGAGGUGGCGGAAACUGGGGUGGAAGAGGUGGUUUCCGCGGUCUUUAUUAAUGGCAGGUUUAAAUAACCUUUCAGUUAAAACUAGUGAAAAUUGAGUGUAAUAUGUAAUUGACGUAUUAUAUUUAAAUGUAUGUUAUUUUCUAUUUGGCAACACAAUAAUUACUUUAAUAAUACUUUUGCUUUUGAUGUUUGGAUGAACUUUACAGUAAUACAAUAUAUUUUUAUAUAAGAAGAGAUUUCUUUUGAUAGUGAUUUUUAGUUAAUGUUAAGAUUUAUCAACAUUUAUUUAUUCGAAUGUUUGAACACGUGCCACCAACAAAUAUGGAGAUAAAAUUAUUUACAAAUGAAAAUGAAAAUUGUUAUAUUUCCCAUGUUAUGUUCGUGAAAAUGCGUUGAAUAUAUUUUAUGAAUCAUAUUCAGACUGAUCUUCACUAGGAAUACAUUACAAAUCGGUAAUGCUCCCCUAAAGACGUAUUAAAGUACAUAGAAAUUUAAAAUUUCAUAUGUAAAUAAUUCAUUCUCUUAUUGCUUUCAAGAAGUGUUCACUAAGCGUUCACUAAGUAAACAAAACUAAUCUCUUCUUUACACCGAAAACAUCGAAAAUGGGAGUAAAUAAUAUAGCAUAUUAUGUGAAUUUAUGCUUUACAAUAUCUUCUAAAAUCACAUUGUUUUUCGAUUAAAACAUGAAUUGUAUUAUUCCUAUAAAUAAUAGUACAAAUAAAGCUUUACAUAUUAUAGAAUAGUAUUUAUGUACUGCAUACUUGAUAUCAUUAAUGCCUAAUUAUGUACAUACCUACUUAAUAAAUAUAUCUAAUCUCAUGUAUCUAAUCUGGCACAGGCAAGGCGCGGCUAUACUUUCGAAAACCUGACAAAUCCAAUUACUCAUCAUUGGAAGGAACACUGAAUAAAAGACUUUCACAUAUGUUUAAGUAUUAUUUUACUCAAUAUUUUUCUUAAAAACUUAUUCACGUAAUAUAAACCCUACAAAUGCA